AUGGAGAUCGUAGACGAGUAUACGGAAGUGCGGCGAAAGUACUGGAAGAGAGAACCAAAAAUAUUAGCCUCGGGAAGAAUAUUGACUCUAUGUCUCGCAACUAUAGCUGUGUUGGGCUACCUUGCUAUAUUAAUAGUCUUUAUCGCACGGUCAAACACAAUUGUAGUUAAAAACGUAAUCCCGACAGACACAGUACCAGCAGCUGAUUUAUCUUUAUCAUUUAAUUAUAAAUUUAAUGUUUCAUGCCAGUUUCGACAGCUUGAUGGCUCCUUGAAAUCACAAGAUAUCUGUGCACAAUACCUCACCCAGCCAUGUAAUAAAUCAGAUGACGGAAGAUAUUAUGGGUACUUCACAGCACUCGACAAUUUCAAUUACAGUCUCCCAGACGGCCGUUACGGCAUAUGGUUCACCUUUUUCCUAGACGACACUACAUACACUGCACAGAAUGACCUGGGAUUGUUUGUGCGUGCAUACGACUCAGGAUUCGACCCUCGCACGUUGGAGCCAAAGGUAGAAAGUCUAGUCAGACGUAUAGACCCAAACUUCUUUAACAGACUUGAUGAGGCAAACGCUUAUGUGGUUGGUGCCAAACAAAAUAAUUGGAUGUUUGUCACCAGAACAAUAAAAAAGAAGAUGAAAUCAACAUUUGGUGGUUGGUUGGGCAUCCCACCAUCGUACUAUAAUUGGCCGUUCUUGCAGUCAAGAUUCGAAUCUGUCGCUGACCCAGUGAACGUAUUCGCAACACUUCAACAAAACCAACAAAUAUAUGGACAUUUGUUCGUUGGCACACUCGAUUGGUAUACAGAAGAAAACAUAGAGAUCAGAACACGCACUGUACUCGACGGUCUUGCCUUGAUUUCUGGAUUCUAUCUUCUGGUAGUCGGAAUCUACGUUUGCCUGUUUGGUGCCUCGCCAAUCUUGCCGUGGGGUCUAUGUCAGAGCUUCUGUAUGCGCAAAAAGGUCAAAGAAAACAUCAAGUCACAAUAUCCGAAAUACAUACCACUUGUCGAUCCAAUUGAUUCUAGUGUAAGAACUAAACAGAGACUCCAGUAUCUCGAAACAUUCCUCAAAGAUUAUGUAGUAGAUGUAGACGUAUUACGAGAAACUGAGGAAGAAGAAGAUGUUGACGGCCUCACUCCAGACGAAAAGAAUGAAAUCGAUGCAUCAGGAGGAGGUGGUGGAGGAGUCUACAACCCAGACGAUGUUCAAUUUGGUGAAGUGCCACCAAUACGAACAAAGACGGAUAAAUUUAGGGAAUCGGAUGGCGAAAACCUUCUUGAUGACGAUGAGGAGGAAUUCAACUUAAAUAAGCCGCCAAGACCCAGUAAAUUCUCUGCUAUUCAAGCCGGCAUUUCCGGGUUUGCCGGCGCUGGGUUUGGGCUGUUCAAAUCAAAGAAGGAUUCAACUGAAGAGAUUGAAGCCACACAAUAUGAGAGCACUUCUACUGCAAAAGAACCCAAAACGAUAUUAGCUGGAGUCGGUGCUGGCAGAGGCAGCUCUGGAGAGAAGAACACUAGUACAUUUGUUGCGACCGGGGAGAAUCCAAACAACUUUAAUGUGAUAACGGGAGCAGACGCGCCAGUGAAAAAGGAGAAAUCUUCUAUCUUUAGUAUAUUUGGCAGAAAAGGCAAGAAAUCUGCUGCUGCUGGAGUCGUCGCGGGUUCUGCAGCAGUCGGCGCAAUUGGUGUUGUUAGCAGCAAGCGUAGGCGUAAACGUCGAGGAAGUGGAUCAACUUCUGAGAGAACAUCGGUAAUUGAAAAAGUUGAAGUUGUGGUAGACGAUUCUAAUCCUGGCGUUGAAACUAUUACCACGACUACAGAAGAAGUUGAUGUCAUUGAGACAACUAGUGAAGAUUAA